CAGUUUUUUACAACCAAAGUUUUAAAGACUCUGAUAACCAAUACAAACAUGCAUGGAAGAACUGCAUAUAGCCCGUGGGUGGACAUUACACUCAAAGACGUCUUCUCUUUUCUGUCAGUUGUCAUUUACAUGGGAAUCGUAAAAGUACCAUCUCUAACUGACUAUUGGAGACAGGGGAGGUUGUACAGUUUGUCAUUCCCUGGGUCAGUCAUCAGUGGAAAGAAAUUCCUUUUAAUUCUUCAUGCUCUUCACCUCAGCAAUCCACGUGAUGACGCUAAAAAUGAAAAAGCAAGAGGCACUGCUGCGUUUGACCGCCUGGGGAAAAUAAAGCCGCUGUACAACGAGAUCAGAAGUGCAUGCCGCAACAAUUAUCAACCUGGCCAACAUAUUUCUAUUGAUGAGAGGAUGGUUGCUUCAAAGGCUCGGACUAUAUUCAAGCAAUACUUGAAAAGCAAACCUGUGCGAUGGGACUUCAAGCUGUUUGUUCUGGCAGACUCGGAAUCAGGCUAUACAUGGGACUUCUUCGUGUAUGAGGGCAAAAACAGGGAGCCCAGUAAAAAUGGGUGGAGCUAUGACUCCGUUGUGAACCUGUUGAACACAAAUUUACUGGGCACCGGCUACAGGCUCUACGUGGACAAUUUUUAUACCAGCCCAGCUCUGUUUCGGCAUCUCUUAAAGAAAAACAUCUCAGCAUGCGGCACCAUCAGGCCCACUACACAAGGAUUCCCCAGAACAACAGACAAUGCCCUGGACCCCAAAUCUCCGCGCGGCAGCAUCCGAUGGAUUCGGAAAGACCCCCUGCUCUUUGUCCAGUGGAAAGAUACACGUGACGUCUCAUUGUGUUCCACCAUGCACACCGCCCAUGGAAAAGAGACAGUGCAGCGCAGGGUAAAGGACAAUGCAGGCCAGUGGUCAGUGAAAGAUGUCCCCAUCCCCCCAGCCAUCAAAGACUACAACAAGCACAUGGGUGGAGUGGACCUGUCGGAUGCCCUAAUUGGGUAUUAUGAGGUUCUCCACAAGACGAAAAAAUGGUACAAGACUUUCUUCUACCAUUUUCUGGACAUCGCCAUCGUGAACAGCUACAUCCUUUACAAAGGGCAGUGCAAAACUAAAGGAAACAAACCGAUGCACCACAAAGCUUUCAGAGAAACUCUGGUCUUGGAGCUGGCCGAUGCAGGAUCCACCCAGGCACCACGGCAGGAGGAAAGAAACAUGAAUCAUCUUCUAGUGCACAUCAGCAAUAGCGGGGACAAAUCUCAGGGCAGGCUAAGGUGCAGGAAGUGCCUUGCAAAAACCCCUGUAAAAUGCUCAACAUGCAACAUACCCUUGUGCUUUAUUCCAAACAGAAACUGUUAUAAGAAAUGGCACACAGAAUACAAGUUGUGAGUGUCAUAGUGCUAAGAAUAGGUGUGUAGUUUUAGUGUUUGUGAAAUAUACAGUUAGCAGUGUUUGUGUGAAU